UCUGUUCGAGGAAAGGCGGCUAGAUAUAUGAGAGCUAGAUUAGGAGAAUUAAAUAUUAAUAAAAUAUAAUAAAAUUUAAAUUUGUUGAAAACAUGAACUUUCCACGUCUCGUGUUUGCUAGAUGUGCUGGUGGCGCAGCAUUAACACAGAGGACAACAAGCGUCUUAUAUCGUCAAAUAAGCAGUGGUAACACAUACCGUGCCGCUCAGAAAUCUCUGACGCAAUUUGAUCCAAAGCUGAAACAAAUCGAUCUAAAGUUUUCACCACCAUUGGCACAUUGCCGCAAAGUCGCACAACAAGUCAGUGUUGGCGCAUCGGUUGCACAAGUUUUAAAAAAACGUACCUUACGCAAAAAAUGGGAUGACCACGGUUUCGAAAAUCUGUCUGCGGAAGGAUUUUUCAAUGUAUCGGCUUUUACGACUGCCGAAGAAUAUGAUAUGGAAGCACUAAUGAAGGGCUUAAACGAACAAAAUUUGUACACCGUUAAAAAAUAUUUUUCGACAGAUAAUCUGGGUGUGGAACAAAAUGUGCUUUAUGCUACAGCGAAAUAUCCUGUGGGAAAGGAAACGCGUGAUAUUAUUUUCUUUCGUGAAGGUUCGGUAGUAUUGUGGAAUUUCAAUGAACUUGAAACAAAUAAUCUAUUAUCAUUUUUGCGUCCAUACGAAAAGGAUCCAUACUUAAGUCCGUUAGUGCGUGGCGAAAGCGAAGUAAUGCCUUACAUGUACAUUCCAUCAUCUGCCAUUGAUGUUGAAGGUGAUUUGGUGUCCACAUCAGAUACAGAGGUGGCACGCGCUUUUUUCAAUAAUGGAAAAUUCUUUCUUACCUCCGACGGUGAUAAUUUUCUGCAAAAGUAUACAUUCUCCAAUGCAAUGGCUACUUCAAUAAAGCUAGGUAUGUGGGAGGCCAUGCUCGACCGUUACAUAGAUUCCAUUGAAUAUCUCACCGAUGAUCUAAAACGGGGGCGACGCAUACGAAUGUCACGAGCCGAGGUAUUGCGAAAAACAGGUGAGCUAUUCGCAUUGAGGCACGAGAUAAAUUUGGCAUCCGAUUUGCUAGAUACCCCAGACUUCUACUGGGAUCGCGAAGAGUUGGAGGCCUUAUAUUUGCAAGUUUGCUCUUACUUCAGUAUUUCACGACGAACAAAGGUGAUGAAUGAGAAGAUUAAUCAUUGUGUGGAAUUGGCAGAACUGAUCUCGCACAAUUUGGAUGAGGCACAUCACACUCGGUUGGAAUGGAUGAUUAUUAUAUUGAUUAUGGUAGAAGUAGGAUUUGAAAUUGUGCAUUACAUGGACCGUUUCUAUAACAAAGGUGAAGAGAAUACAGCUUUGGCACAUUGACUUACCGUGUGAUAUUUUUUUCGAGUUUCUAAAUAAUUAUCUGCCAAUAUAGUAUAGAAAAUUUGUAUAAAAUAAAAACAAAAUUUUUAAAACUUUA